GGGAGCUGAAGAUAGUAAGGACCCGAAGGGUCUGUGCAUAUAGGCUAGAGGCCAAGAGUGCCUAGUCAUUUUGGCAGAACUGACCUGGUGUCAGGCCCUGAGUCAGGUACACUGCUGCCCAAGAGGCUGCUGGUAGAUGGACAGAGUGACGUGGGGCACAGGGCUCUCCAAGGAAGCAGGAGGCAGGAAGAGUCAGAAAAUGUAAGUUCCAGGGAGUCUAUGUAGGAGGAAGAUGGAGCCAGGAGGAGGGUACUCUAUCUUCAGGUAAAACUGAAAGCAUGUGCUGCCAGUCAGAGAAGGAGAUUGCCGAUGAGAUUACGGGAGUCUAAGUCCUAGCUCCUUCUCAACUGACCUGGUGUACUGCCUUGAGGCACUGCAGGCUGCACAUCUGGGGACUGCUGCCUGCUCCACCUGGCUUCUUCAAACCUACUAAGGGAGAGGAGGUGUAUGGAAAAAGAACAAAGAGGAAAAAAAAAACCCACCAAGUCCAAUAGUCAGGGAGCACUAGUAAUUUUAACAGCAACGCACUCAAGAAGAGCAUAACGGUCACAGGCAUGUGUAAUAAACCCCUCAUCCCCACCCUCCAGCAUGUAUCACUCAGUUGCGGCUGGAACCGAAACUGCGCAUGCCCAGCACAGCAAUUUCCACCCCCACCCGCGGUCAGCUGGCUUUUCGAGGGUUCAAACUUCAACAAAACAAAAUGUCUUCUUAAGGGCUGACUUUGAAUCAGUCCCAGGCCUUUGGGUGGGGAAGACAGGGGGUGGGCAGACUGUAACACCGAACGUGCAGAAGGGGAGGGGUCUUGAAAUAAGCUGAAAGGCAGCGAGAACGAUCGCCGCCUGGCCUGCCUUGCCAGUUGAAGUGAGAAGGGAAGGACUGAGGCCCGAGGAGGCUCCACGCACGCGUAAGGGGCCGUUUGUUAUCAAGGGUGUUGUGAUGUUGCCACUGCCCCGCCUGCCCCGGGUCCUGCCAGUGCGGAAAGGGAAACUCCAGGGGAGGCGGAGGCCAGCGGAGAUUUCUCAAGCCAACCGGUCCGCCCCCUCCGCGGCGGGCAGGAAGAGCGACUCUGAGCAGCCACUUCCGGGCCCUGCGACUUUGAGCUGCAUUAUCACGGAGACGCCCCUCCUGAGGCCCGGCCAGUCGAAAGUUCUUGUCCACAGGCUCCCACCGAGGGGCGCACCAAUGGGACAGGGUCUAGUCUGCGGCAGGCACGCCCCACUCUGGGCAUCGCGACGUCGGAGCACACAGAGCGUCAUUUCCGCCCUCAUCCUCGGCCCCACACGGAGGGGGCGGAGCCAAGCGGAAGGCGCGCUGCUUGUGCGUCACUUCCGGUGAGUCUAGCGGCGACAACGGUAACAUGGCCCUGAACGGCUCUGGUGAGGACUUGGGCUGCGGGGGUUUGUGGCUGCGGGUUGCGGGAUGCAGCCUGCUUCGGCAAGACCCCCUGGCCCCUUGUGCCUCUCUUCCCCCAGAAGUGGACGACUUUUCUUGGGAGCCCCCGACCGAAGCGGAGACGAAGGUGCUGCAAGCGCGGCGGGAGCGGCAGGAUCGCAUCUCCCGGCUCAUGGGCGACUACCUGCUGCGUGGUUACCGCAUGCUGGGCGAGACGUGCGCGGACUGCGGGACGAUCCUCCUCCAAGACAAACAGCGGAAAAUCUACUGCGUGGCUUGCCAGGAGCUCGACUCAGACGUGGACAAAGAUAAUCCGGCUCUGAAUGCCCAGGCUGCCCUCUCCCAAGCUCGGGAGCACCAGCUCGCCUCUGCUUCGGAGCCCCCCUUGGGCUCUCGGCCUGCCCCUCAGCCCCCAGUACCCCGUCCAGAGCACUGUGAGGGAGCUGCAGCAGGGCUCAAGGCAGUCCAGGGGCCGCCCCCUCCUGCUGUGCCUCCAAAUGCAGAUGUCGUGGUCUGCACACAAGAGGCUCUCCUGCAGAAACUGACCUGGGCCUCAGCAGAGCUGGGCUCUAGCACCUCCCUGGAGACUAGCAUCCAGCUGUGUAGCCUUAUCCGGGCUUGUGCUGAAGCUCUGCGCAGCCUGCAGCAGCUGCAACACUAAAGAACCCCUCCUGAGAAAAUCCCUGUAGAAAAACAGCUGUUCCUCUUG